AUGGACCAAAGGACAGGAGACUAUUUGCUCCUUGCCCUCUACGCCAUGACCUUUGUCAUCGGUCUCCCCGCCAACCUCCUGGCCCUUCGUGCCUUCAUCCGCAGAGUCCGGCAGCCCCACCCAGCCCCGAUUCACGUCCUCCUGCUCAGCCUCACACUGGCAGAUCUCCUCCUGCUCCUAUUGCUGCCUUUCAAGAUCGUUGAGGCUGCCAAUAACUCCCGCUGGCUCCUGGGGAAGGCCACCUGUGCUCUCACUGUGUUUGGCUUCUACAGCAGCAUCUACUGUAGCACGUGGCUGCUGGCCGCAAUCAGCAUCGAGAGGUACCUGGGGGUGGCCUUCCCGGUCCAGUACAAGAUCUCCCGGCGGCCCAUAUAUGGACUAGCUGCUGCUCUGGUGGCCUGGAUCCUGUCCUUCGGACACUGCAGCGUGGUCAUCGUGGUGGAGUAUUUGGAACCAAAAAACAAAACUAGUGAGAACCAGACGGACUUUGAAUGCUACAACGAUUUUAAUGAUCGCCAGCUGCAUGUGGUUCUCUCAUUUCGGCUGGAGCUCUGUCUGGUUCUCUUCUGCCUGCCCAUGGCAGUGACUAUCUUCUGUUACUGGCGCUUUGUGUAUCUCAUGCUGGGCCAGCCACAGGUGGGAGCCAAGCGACAGCGCAGAGCCGUGGGCCUGGCGGUCGUGACUCUCCUCAAUUUCCUGCUCUGCUUUGCACCUUACAAUGUCUCCCAUGUGAUAGGGUUUUAUGAAGGCAAAAUCCCAAGUUGGCGGAAGUACGCUGUGCUGUUCAGCGCCCUCAAUGCUGCCCUCGAUCCCCUCCUUUUCUAUUUUUCCUCUUCAGCUGUUCGCAGGGCCUUUGGAGAUGGACUGAAGGCACUGCGGAAUCAAGGAUCCUCCCUUCUGGGGCGCUGCGGUGGAGGCGCUGAGGGAGACACGGGGGACACCGGUUUGAGCCAAGGGGAUGGUGUGGCAAGCUCUGACUUUACCACAGAGUAGGUCUCCCAGGGGUAACCCGUUGCUGGCGUUUGUGUGGGCCGGGGUUGGAUAGGUUAAGGGAGGUGGGGUGCAUAGGAAUCCAAUCCUGCCACGGUCUCGGGAAUCCUUCCAUCAUGAGCUAACCAUGGGCUCAAAUUCGGGGGCCAGGGACAUGGAGAAGUCUUUCUUUUCGAAGAAAUCUCUUGAACUUCUUGACAGUUUCCUUUUGAAGAGGAACAUGGCUCUAAUAACACACACCGGAAAUGGAAAGUAGGAUAAAUCAAAGAAGGAUCCCCUUUUUGCCCCCCUGCCUCCCCCACCCU